GAUAGACGUUUUGCUUGAGCACACAUGUGUUAGGUUGUUUUUGCUUGUCUGCCUGCCUGUGGCUUUUUUUAUUCACAUUGCUUAGCUUAAAAGAGGAACAAACCUAAGGAAGUUCGCAAUGAAAGUGUUAAGUGGAGAGGGGGAGGGGAGCUUGGCUUAGCUAGCCUAGCCUAGUGUCAGAGAACCAACAGGAACAAAGGCAGAGACAUCGCUCAGCUUGUGACAUUAACCAAGAGGGGGGUGCAGGCGUCGUAGAAUGCAUUCGCCCUUACCCUGCUGCCUUUAGGCUUAGCUUUAGCAAUCCAGGGCUGGCUUAGUAGAGAGCAAAAUACUCUAAAACCACAAGGGGAGUUUUGAAAAUCUCUGUCCAAGCGAAUUUUUCUGCAAUCUUCGGUCCAACCAAGGUGUCUUGGAGUAUUUGCUCCAAGCGUGGCAUUCUAGCAUUUUUGAGUUGGAGCCGCCACAGCAGCAGCAGCAGCAAGAAUGUCCUCUCUGUACAUCUCCAACGCGGCGGUUGGCAAGGCGCGCUCGUCCAACUUUACGCUGUCGGAGAAGCUGGACCUGCUGCGGCUGGCGCAGCCCCACAUCCGUCUGCUGGAGGACCACACCAACAAGCACGCCGUCAUCAUCGACAAGAACCGCUGCUGGGAGAGCAUCUCGCAGCGCUACAACGGCCUGGGCGGGGAGAGGCCGCCGCGCACGGCCCAGGGCCUCCGGACACUCUACAAGCGGCUGAAGGAGGCCGCCAAGCAGGAGGUGCUCCUGCGGAGCCACGCCCAGCCCGAGUACCGCGGCAGCCUCAGCGAGCCCACCAAGCGCGUCAUGGAGAUGAUCCCACAUCUCUUCCACACGCUGGAAAGACUACAGUACAGGAGAGAUUCCCCUGUGGAGCAGCCAGGAAGCAGCUCGUCUGGGCCCGCCCUGUCCGACUACCACGGUGUCACCAUGGCUGUGCGCGUCGAGUCAGAGGACGUCAAACCCCCUCCCGACCUGCCCCUCGUCGCCUUGACCAAUCACGUCCCUGUGACGCCGGCUGCGUCCACCAUCACGCACACCUCCACGCACGUGGCGCUCUCCCUUCCCCACGGCAGCGACAUCGCCAGAGGACCCGGUGGAGAGGAAGAAGAACAAGAAGAGGUAGAGGCGGAACUAGAAGAGGAGACGGACUUGCAUAACUAUGACCCUUCCCUCUCCCCGAGCCCGUCCUCCAUACAUCUCCCACUGUCGCCAACGGUAGCGCACCUGAGGCGCGGUAGCCUGUACCACCACCAGAGGGAGAUGAUGGUCCCUCACAGGUUCACCGCCGGACUGGAGGCCGAGUCGCUGCAGAUGAUGCGCGAGGAGCACGAGCUGGUCUUGGCCAAUCACAGGAAGGUCGGCCUGUACCUGGACGAGAAGAGGGAGGGGCUUAAACGGCGUCAGCAGCUAGAGGAGGAGCUCCUGAGGGCAAAGGUCAAAGUGGAGAGACUGAGGGUCGCACGGCUCAGACAAGGACUGCCACACGUCUAGCGUGUGUGUGUUUGUGUGUUUGUUUGUGCGUGUACAUGUGUGCACGUGUGUGUGAGAGAGUAAGAGAGAAUAGUAUUGAAAAGAGGCCAUUUUUAAUGACCGUGGCCGUACCAAACUGUUCUGAGAACAGAAGUAAAGAAAGGGUGCAUACAUGUAAAACGGUGUGCGAGUGACAAGUGCAACAUGAUGUGCAUGUGCAAUCUCUGUGUGAGUGAAUACUGGUAUCGUGUUUACCUGUCGUUGUUGUCUCUUUGUAAUUGAAAAAAGAGGCUUAUUUGAAUGAGCGUGGCCAUACCAACCUGAGAACACAAGUGAAGAAAGAGUUCUGUUAUCCAGGGUCUGUUUCCAUUUCUGUGUUGUCUUACAAUGUCAACAUCCAUGUAGUCUUUAGUUUUGUAUGAGAAAAAAAAUGAGUUGGAAGUCUCUGUUUCAGAUCAUGCUGACAUUUCAUUCCAAGCUGAAAAAUGUAGCUGACAAAUGUAACACCGCUGGUUCAAUAUUGGACGUACUCUGUUGCAGACACGCUCAUGUCUUCACUUGUCUUGUUGUGGUGCCACUUGAAGCUUGUGCAUUAUUUUCAUGGCUACUAGUCUGCAGCUGCAAGUCCAUUUGGGCGGAAAA